AUGCCGCGAUCUUCUGGCUAUACCCCCGCCACUACAGGCACCAGCGACGAUUGUCCUGCCACCGAUGAUACCUUUGCCGAUGAACCGAUUAGCCGAGACUCGUCGGUGAUGACGAGUGUCCGCGACCGCAUGUUGGCUCGGCAUGACAGUCUCUUUUCGGUCACAUCCAACUACGAAGACCCCUCGGCCAACGAUUUGAAUAUCUGGCAGGGCGCUACCCUGUUGACCGCAGAUUGCAUGGGAACAGGGUUGCUGGCUUUGCCCGAGGAUAUCAAGGUGUUGGGCCGGUGGUGGGGAUUGGGCUUUUUGAUUCUCAAUCUCCCCAUUAAUUUUUAUGCGGGUACCAUUCUCUCCGAUGCAGCAGCCUAUGUGGAAAGGACGCAGAACGAAGAAAAUGAAGCCUAUGAAAAACGACAGCUUGAAGUACGACAACUGCAGCAGAUUCAAGAAGAGGAAGAAUUGUCCGCUUCCAGCAAGGAUGGACUUAUGAUGGAUUCACCCAAGAAUAAUAGAGGGAAUCGCAGCAAAAAAUACGCCAGUGUGGGACAGACUGAUGAUGAUACCACGGGAGAUACGGCGAGUACUUCCGCUGGUAUUGUCAUGCAAGGAAGCGCUGCUGGAGAGGAGAUUGUGGAUCGGAUACCCGCAUCGCCCACUGCUGCUCCCUCCAGCAAGCAUGAUCAUGCCAAAGUUCAUCAUGACACGGCAACCUAUGAUUUCAUUGGAAUGACACAAGCCAUGUUCAGCUCAAGAAGAGCCACGCGUUGGGUCAUGUUCUUGUUCUAUUGCAACAUUUUUCUGGUUCUUGGGGACUACAUUCUGGUCAUGUCUCAUGCUGUGUCUGCCAUGGUUGGAGAGGAAAGGUUAUGCAUACCCCAAGCAGGGAUACUGGCUUCUACGCUCAUGUAUGGUGUGUCGCAGAUUAGGACCAUGGCAAAUUUGGGUCGUGCUGCCAGCAUCAUUUCACUAUCAGCCUUGUUCGUCGUUGUGGGUCAGUGCUUGUGGGCGGUCCACACAAACAAAACCGACGUGUAUGUCGAGGCCUCUCCAGAGGACUUUGAUGAAUCACCGAGCAUGCUGCGAAAGCUGUCGGCAAUGGGAUCCAUUGGUUUUGCCGUGGGAUCUCAAAAGCUCUUCUUGAACAUUCGUCACGAACUAGCAGAACGGAGCAAGGCACCCCAGACUUUGGCUGCUUCACUGUCGGCAUUUGGAAUCGUUUAUGUCGGCAUCAUUUUGCUCGCUGGUAGUGAUCCACCAGGGUUUCUCUUUGAUGCUAUUCCACCAGGAUGGAAUCGGCAAUUAGCAGGAUUUCUCCUAUGGCUUCAUGUCGUGGUAUCCUAUGCCAUCAAUUCACAGGCCAUUUGCGCCUCGAUGGAUCGUCUCUUCUUCAGCAACAUUAGAACGUGCAGCUUGAAUGAGAAACCGAGAAUACGUUGGAUGUGUCUGACUGGUGGCAUGUCCGUGCUGGCCUUUGUGGUAGCCAAUGCGGUUCCUUUCUUCAAGGACCUCGUUGCCUUGAUUGGGGCCAUGACCAGUGUCCCGUUGUCAUUGCUGCUUCCCGCCGUCUAUUUCAGACGUUUCCUGCAAGUUUCCAUAUGGAUUCCAACGAAAGAAACAUUGGGCUCAUAUUCCCUGCUUGUGUACGGUUGUGUCUUCAUGACAUUUGCGUUGGCAGGUGCCAUUAGUUCCAUUGAAAUGGACUGGUCGAAUCAUGGCGGCGUCUUUUCCUGCCAUUAGCCAGCUCUCAUGUAGCAUACAUUAUUUGUAGUAAGUAGCUAGUACAAUUGUAGUCAUUGCUUGCUCCGCCAAAGUGCCAAUAGGCUUGUUUUGAUCCUAUGUAACUAAACUAAAGCUACUGGUAGAAAGAUAGAAUAACCACAAAGCCAUUGUUAUAACAACCUUUAAAAAGC